UUUAAACCGUCUUUUUAUUUCAGAUAUGUCUGCAAAACUAGUUUAAGUUUGUAUAAAUUUGGCUCACACCCUGGUGUCCAAGCUGGUGUAAGGUUUAGGUCUGAUUCGACUGGACGGUAAUGUUUGAUAAAAUGUUAUUACGUCGCGACAUGGAGAAAUUAGAAAGAAAUCGAUCCCAUCACAUUCUAUCACCUGAAGAGGUUGCCUCUGGUAGAAACACAAGUUGGCCAGAAUUGGAGAUCACAGGAACAAUAAAGAACUUGUCCCCCUCGCUGUGGCAACUACAUCACCUGACCGCUCUAUACCUCAAUGAUAACUCACUGUUCAGAAUACCUUCAUCUAUCGCCCUACUGCACAAUCUCAAACGUCUUGAUCUCUCAAACAACAAGCUCAGAUCCCUUCCUGCGGAGAUUGGCGAUCUUUGCAAUCUCAGAGAACUAAUGCUUAGUAACAACUAUCUCCGAGCGCUUCCAUACGAAUUGGGAAAGCUGUUCCAGUUACAGACGAUGGGACUGAAAGGAAAUCCGCUAGGCUCAGAUAUUCUCUCUCUCUUCUCUGAGGUGAACGGAACAAGAAAGCUGCUUGAUUUCAUGUUGGACAAUCUAGGGGUGUCCACCACCCCCCCUCCUCCUAGACCCUGGAUGCAGUUGGCGCCCCUUGACAGGACGAGUCCUACUGCUUUGUUUACUGUUAUGUGCUAUAAUGUUCUUUGUGACAGAUAUGCCACAAGGGGUUUGUACGGUUGGUGCCCCCAGUGGUCCUUAAACUGGGAAUACAGAAAGAAAAUGAUCCUUGACGAAAUAAAACAUUUCUCAGCCGACAUUAUUGCACUUCAGGAGGUGGAAACAGAACAGUUUUAUAAAUUUUUCCUGCCAGAGCUAAAAAGAGAAGGUUAUGAAGGUAUCUUCUCUCCAAAAUCCCGAGCGAAAACGAUGGCAGAAUCUGACCGAAAACAUGUGGAUGGUUGUGCAAUCUUUUACAGAACAGCAAAGUUUGUGCUGAUUAAAGAACAAUUAGUGGAGUUCAAUCAAAUGGCAAUAGAACACGCCAACGGACAUGAAGACAUGCUUAACAGGGUUAUGACGAAAGAUAACAUUGCACUUGCAGCUUUACUUCAGACAAAGGAAGCAUGUUGGGAGACGGGGGUACCCCCAGAUCCUUCACAGGUUGCGCAGCCUAUUCUUGUCUGUUCUGCGCAUAUUCACUGGGAUCCAGAGUUCUGCGAUGUUAAGCUCAUCCAAACAAUGAUGUUAAUGGAGCAAUUGAGGCAGAUAGUGGAGUCUAGUGGACAUAAUCUCAGGUUAGUGGAGUCUAGUGGACAUUAGGAUAUUGGAUAUAAAGAAUGUCUAUUGAAAAUGUUGAGCCACACGAAUAACGAUCAGCAGUUUACACACGCUUUCCAGAUGAGUUCAGCGUAUUCGGAAGAACUUAUGCCCUACACCAACUUCACAUUUGACUUCAAAGGAAUUAUUGACUAUAUUUUCUUUCCAAAAGGACCAAUGCGACCUCUAGGUAUUCUGGGACCUAUAUCUGAGGACUGGAUUAAGGAGAGUAAGAUUGUAGGAUGCCCGCACCCUCAUAUACCCUCGGACCAUUUCCCUCUUCUUGUAGAGUUCGGACUCAGUCUUGGAGCAGUGCGAAGUCCUCAGGUUAUGUUGCCCCCUCCCUCAUCCAAAGUGUUCAUGAGGGGAAAGGAUUUCUAGCCUAUGCUGAACAAUAGGAUUUAUGAGAGAUUUCUGCCCUUACCUUAUCUAUAGGAAUGUAUUGCUGAGAAGGAAACAGUCCCUUAUUUAUGAAAAAAAUGAGGUUCGAUCAAUGAAAAGAUCAGAACAUUCUUUUUUUUCUCUUCAUCCUGUCCCCGUGAGAUAAACCCAAAAAGUAUUUUUUUUUUUAAAUUA